AUGUCUUCUAAGUUCAAUCAAGUAGCAGCAGAGAAGCUCAUCAACAAUCUUUACCACAAGACGUUGCAGCAAGCCAAGCUCAAGGUUCCACAUGUGACAAACUUUCUUUAUCGAAAUCCGCCCCUGUCAGGCUCCUCUCUUGACGACCUUGUGGCCAAUCAAUGGAAACUCAAACAGUUGGAACAAGCACCACUAGACUUACCCGACCUUCAAAUCACCAAAAUCAAGUCCAACAUCCUCAUCUGGAACAAUCCGAACUCUUUGCUUGUGAAUACAGACUUUUACAAUGCCUACCCGGUCCAAAGAGAUGCUCAAUACCAACUCCCUCCAGAUGCUAAAGGCAUUGAUUUCUGGGCAGUUAAGGCCAGAAACCCCAUCACCUUAUCGUUUUACAAUCAGUACGUAUUGGUGUUCCCCAGCCAUGACCUUGCAGCUGCCUACUGGAUGGAGACCCGCAAUAAGACCCUAAAUGGACUUCCCAUGAACUUAAAAUUUGUAGAGCCUUCUAAACGGCUCUUGUCCCAUAUAACAUCUCCACUCUUUGGCAAAGCCAGCACCUCAAAUUCUGGCAUUCCUGAACCCAAAGCGGCGGUCGAAGAAGUGUUUGCCAAAUCACCAGAGAAAAUGCAACUAAUAACGCUGAUUUUGCAGAACCCAUCUAACAACUUUGCUAAUAUUUCGCAGCUUAUUGAUUUCAACAGCCGCUUGAAUAUGGUCCUUGUUAGGAACUUACCAAUUGGACUUUCAAAACACGCACUUCCUAGACUUCUUUGGAACUAUGAGUUUCCUUCAGAUAUACCGCUUGACAAUUGCUUUAUAGAAGUGGUCAGAGACGGGUUCUCGCUGGUCAACCGUACGCUCAUCAAGUUUGCCAAUCACGAAAAUGCUAGGCGAUUCGUCAGAUCUUACAACGGUACCAAAUGGCAGGGCCGUAUUCAAGAUAAGCGUAAAGUAAUACAGCUGCACGAACCGAUCCUUUGUGAGAUACUCUAUUAGGAGCAAUAUGUAAUUAUGUAUUCUUAACCAUGUAAAUACAAACCUAGUCAUUUGGAUUAUCAAGCUCUUUCCAGCUGGCUCUAACCAAUUCCCACUGAUGGUCGGUGGCCUUGGCCCCGGUAUUUUCGGCAAUGAUAUACUUUUCCCAUGUCCGUUUCAAUUUCCAAAUUAUUACAAUGCUAUCAUUUCCUGACCACCCAAUAGAUCCUUCAUCAUUGGCAUAUUCAGAAUCGUAUUCCUGGUGAUACUUACUGGUGUUGACCGAACAGAACGACCACACCGACUUGAAGUAUUUGUUGAAGGGCAAAGGCACCGGCAACUUGUUGAAGAUGUGUUUUCUGUUUACUGGUGAGUUAUGGUCAGUAGUGACAGAGUUCUGACUUGAAUGCUCACUCUGAGAAUCAGAAACGACAGUGUUUUGUAAAAGAUUAAACACAUGGAGUGUGUUCUUAUCGGACAAGACCGCCAACUUGGUGUCAUCAGGCGAAAACUUCAUGGAGCUGAUGACGGCUCUGUCCAAACCUCUUCGAAAUUCGUAUAAUUGUGCAGUAUUUUGGGUGGAAUGAAUCCGGAUGAUAGUCCCUAGCUCUGAAGCCGAUGCCACCAUGGAACCCGACCGACUCAAUGCUAAACACCUGAUGCUUGAUUUAUGUGCUUUAAUGAUGCUGAUGAGGUUUUUCUCCUGGCCGCUGGGGGACACGUCCACAAUCUGCAAUUGUCCCACCUGUCUACCUGGAAAUGCUAGAGUUUGGUACCGGGUGGAAGAAGGUGAUUUUGAACUAGUAGACCCAAUUGAUGAUACCGACGACGACAAGUUGGUGGAGGAUGAUGACAUUGACGUGGAGCUACUUGACAAGUUCACCGAUAAGUCAGCAAGCCCAUAAUCAUUGGAAAUGGUUUCAUAGGAUGCAAAUUUUUUAGGGGUUGAGGAGAAGCCGUAUACAAGUACUUGGUUUUUCAACACCACAACAAUCCGUAUUCUCGACAACAACACAUUCAAAAUGGGACUCAUAAACUCAAGCAGAAGACUGCUUUUCCGCUUUAAAUCGUCCCAUAUAAUCAAUUUAUUGUUAGGUAGUCUGGGGUUUUUACCUCCCCCUACUAAUGCCAAAUAAUUGGUUCUGUGAAGCAUGGUGACAUGGCCAAUGCCAGUUCCCGGAUGGGUUUGAGUGGGGAAGAAGGUUCGUUUGACCCGAAGGUCGAUAGGGUUUGUGUUAUACACAAGGAACCCUUGUUCGUGACUGUAUGCAAAGCAACCUUGGUCCUGGUUGAAGUUAACGCUUAGUAUCCGAAAGUCAUUAUUUACACUGGUUAGCGGAGAAUGAGUAUUCAUAACAAAUGCAACAAAAUGAAGGCUAUGAGGGUUGGCGGUCGUCUAAGAAUUGGAAUGUGUUAGCCGAUAAAACGAUGGAUUCCAACUAUCAAGGGAUACGAUUAAAGAUUAAAAACUCGGUUAAAACCGUUCAGUGAUCGGACACGGUUCGAAGGAUGAUGAAGUUCAAAAAGUAACUAAUGAAACCCGGUUAGCCAGAAUUGUAACUCGACUUUUUGAAGGGUGGGAGGUACUUCUGUGGAAACCUUAGCCGGGUAUGUUU